AUGGGCAAGAAGCAACAUCAAAAGGAUAAAUUGUAAGUUUUUAUUGAGUGUAUUGAGCCGUAUAUGGCUUUUAGUAUCGAAAUUUUGCGGUUUACAACGAGUUCAGGUUUUCGUGGUGGGACCAAAUGUGAUGAAAGAUGAUGGGAUUUUUUGAAUUUUUUGGGAAUUUCAGGGGAAUUUAAAAGAAGAUACUAUUCUAAGACUUAUUUUACAUAUCUUUGAUAUUAUUUUAGAUACCUAACCACCAAAGAAUGGAAGGAUUCCUUUGGCGGCCACAAAAGUUCCAUUGAAACCCAAAUUCAGAAGGCCCAGUUCAAGAAAUUACCUUUUACACAUUGCGCAUUGACCUUCCUUCCCUAUCAGACACCCGUAUGCACUCCGUCGGGCGUGAUUUUUGACAAACAACCGAUAUUGGACUACCUAAAAAAGCAUAAGAUUAACCCGGUUGAUGGCAAAAAAUUGGAACCAAAAGACCUCAUAGAACUCCAUAUGAGCAAGGAUAGUGAUGGUAAGUGAAUCUGGAAUAUUUGAGAAGGCGUAUUUUACAAUUGGGUGAAAUUUUGAGGGUUGUUGCGGAAUGCCAAAGUUUGGCGGGAAAAUUAAAAUUUGAAUUUUGAAGUGAAGAAAUGGUUGGAUUUGUGGUAAAAUACGUUUCGCCGUACCUCUUUGUUCAUUUUAGUGGUUCAUUUUGAUUUUUUUGCGGAAAUUUUUUAAUUAAAAAACAUUUGUUUGAUGACUAAAAUAAGGUCGGAAAAGUUGAAAAUCAAAUUUAGCUUGGCUUCAAAUGAUUGCUAAAUGACUUCUGGCUAUUUUAAAGUAAUUUUAAAUAGGCAUUCAAUAAGAAAAAUUAAUUUUUUUGCAUCCAUUUUAUCUAAAAUAAUGUAAAAACUACAUGUUUUUGACCGAAAAUUGUCAGAAAUCUUAAUUUUUUACAGAUUUAACCCGUACUUUUUGAUGUUUAUGAUAAUUCUAGGCAAUUACCAAUGUCCAGUGACCUUCCGCACCUUCACCGAGUCCUCUUUGAUCGUCACCAUCAGGACGACAGGUAAUGUGUAUGCCAUGGAGGCCGUAGAAGAACUGAAUCUGAAACGCGCGCAUCUCAAAGAUCUCCUAAAUGACGUUCCCUUCCAACGAAAGGACAUUAUCACUCUUCAAAACCCAAAUGAUCUCGAAAAAUUUAAUAUCGAGCGGUUUUAUCAUGUACAGUUUGACACACGCACGUUGGAAGAGAUCGCCGAAGAGAAGAAACAAAUGCAGUCGGCCAGCUUCUACAUCAACAAGGUAAAAUACGCCUUUUUCUAUGUUGUUUAAAGAAGUAUAAGUUUUAAUUUUUUUUUUUUUUGAAAAAACUUACACCUAAAAUAAGGUAAUUUUGUAAAUUCCAGCUGAAUUCCGAAGCCAAAUCCGCCAUCCAAAAGCUCAAUCAGAAGUAUGAAGCCAAAAAAGAGGAGGAGAAAAAGGAUGUGACCGCCGAUGCAGUGAAUGCCGCCCAUUAUUCGCAAGGAAAAAUGGCCGCCGGCUUAACUUCAACUGUAAUGGAGCCGAUCACGGUGAACAAGGCCGCGGUUUUGGAUGAAAGCACUGUUAAGUAAGUGAAUUACCCCUGAAGUUUUAGUUGAGAUUGAUUUUGGAUUUGAUUUUGGUGAUUUUUGAUAGAGAGGAAGACUUGACUCAAAAUUUUGAAAUUUGGGUCAAGUCUUUCUCUUAGUGGGAAAUGGCGGAGAAUGGAGUUAGAAGUGUUGAAAACAAAGUUUCUGGGAUAAAAUACGGAUUAUCUAUUUGAGUAAGACUUGACUCGAAACUUGAACUUUGCGUCAAGUCUUCCCCUCGGAAAAAAAUGCUAGAAAAUAUAAAUAAAAACGAUUUUCAAGGAAAUUAAGGGUGUUUUAAACCAUUUUUCUGUUUUCAGAUACUCCAGAGUCACUAAAAACGGCUAUGUUCGCCUCCUAACCAACCAUGGCCCUCUGAAUCUGGAACUUUUCUGCAAAAUCGCCCCAAAAGCGUGUGAAAAUUUCAUCCGACACUGUGCCGACGGUUACUACGACAAUUCGCGCUUCCACAGACUGAUCAAACAUUUCAUGCUUCAGGGCGGAGAUCCGACCGGCACUGGAAAAGGCGGAGAAUCGGUUUGGGGCAAACCCUUCGAAGACGAAGUCCAUCAUUCACUACAUCACGACGCAAGAGGCGUUCUUAGCAUGGCGAACAGAGGGACAGACACGAAUCAGUCGCAAUUGUAAGGAUUUUUUACUUGAAUUUUGAAUUCCCGCCAAUUUUGGAGAAGCUUGGCAUUGUGUUGCAAGGGAAAAUUGGGUCGUUUGAAAUAUUGUAGAGUAAAAAAUGGUUGUCGAGUAAAUUUUAGUUGAGUUUUUACGAUUUUUUUGUGGAAUUUUGAAUUUUUCGCCAAAUUCAAAAAAAUCUUGGCAUUGUGUUGCAAGAGUAAAGAUUGGGUCGUUUGAAAUAUUGUAGAGUAAAAAAUGGUUGUCGAGUAAAUUUUAGUUGAGUUUUUACGAUUUUUUUGUGGAAUUUUGAAUUUUUCGCCAAAUUCAAAAAAAUCUUGGCAUUGUGUUGCAAGAGUAAAGAUUGGGUCGUUUGAAAUAUUGUAGAGUAAAAAAUGGGGUUGUUUAUUAAAUUUUAGUCAAGUUUUUUUGAUUUUUUUUUUGGUGGGAUUUUGAAUUUCCCGCCAAAAUAAAAAAUCUUGGCAUUGUGUUUCACCCAGUGAAUUUUGAUUUUCUAGGUCUCUAGUUUAUUCAGAUAGCGAAAUCUUGUUUUAAAAAAGUUGUAAACAGUGUAUUUAUGGGAAAAAUGGAUUUGUACUAACGUAUUUUACCCUUUAGUUUCAUCACCUUCCGCCCUUGCCGACAUCUCGACGGAAAACACACGAUAUUCGGGAAAUUGGUGGGCGGACUCCCAACGUUGGCCUCAAUAGAGCGAGUAGAAACCGAUAAGAACGACGCACCGCUGGAACCGGUUGUAUUCAUCAAAGCCGAAGUGUUUGUAAAUCCAUUCGAAGAAGCGGAAGCCCAAGUUUUGAAGGAAAGAGAGGAGGCGUUGGGGAUUCAGAAGGAAAAAAGUGAGUUUGUAAUGGGUUAGUGAGGAGGCAAAGAGAUUUUAGGAGGGAGUUUGGGUCAUUUACUUUUUUGAGUCAUCUGGAAAUUCGAAAUUUUUUGUUUUUUUUUGCGGAAAAAACGAGAUUUUUUUGGAACUUUUAAUUUUUUUGGUUGUUUUGAAGGGGUGUAGGCAUCGUAUUUAGCGUUUUUGGAGGUUGUAGGGACUAAAAUACGAGAAUUUAGAGUUAAGUCUGAAUAUUUUAAAAAAUUUUGGGUCCCGACACGAAAAUUUUUUGUUUUGGAAAAAGUGGAAAUUUGGCUUCCAGAAGCAGCAAACCACUGGAAAAUGAAGGGAAAAUAUUUUUUCAGUCACUUUCGAUCGAUUAUACCAUGAUUUUUCAUAAUUUUUCCAGAAAGUGUCCCCGAAUACAAAUCCACCGGCUAUUCGGGCGAUGUCCCCAAACCCAAAGCCCAUUCAGCUGGCGUUGGAAAAUACAUUCGACCAGACGUAAAAACUGCCCUGAAACGAAUAGGAGAUGUUGGAUUGGUGGGCGCUGAACCCAAACAGAAACAAAAGAAAAAUUACGAUUUUAGUGAUUGGUAA